AACUGUGCUCGAGUUUGACUCAUCAUCAAACCUGUUUGAACUCACGACCGUCUCAUCACUGUCAUCAUGCCUCCCAAAGUCUCCGGAAAAGCUGCCAAGAAGGCCGGCAAAGCCCAAAAGAACAUCUCCAAGGGCGACAAGAAGAAGAACCGCAAGCGCAAGGAGUCCUACGCUAUCUACAUCUACAAGGUGUUGAAGCAGGUCCAUCCCGACACUGGCAUCUCUUCCAAGGCCAUGUCCAUCAUGAACUCGUUCGUGAAUGACAUCUUCGAGCGUAUUGCCUCCGAGGCUUCCCGCCUGGCUCACUAUAACAAGCGAUCGACCAUCACCUCCCGGGAGAUCCAAACCGCCGUGCGACUCCUCUUGCCAGGAGAGUUGGCCAAGCAUGCCGUUUCCGAGGGAACCAAAGCCGUCACCAAAUACACCUCCUCCAAGUAAACAUCCCCCGAGUAUUUAUUCCUAAAAGGCCUUUUUCAAGGCCAAAACAAGCAUUCAGAAGUGACAAAGCAGACAUAAAAAUCCGUUGGCCUUGUAAAAAAUAAAUUGCGCAUUCUAAUUCCGCUAUUAAUCCGU